AGUUACUGUUCAGGUAAGUAUAAUUUUAUAUGCAGUCAAAAACUCAUACUAUGUAGAAAAUAUUUUUGCAAUACACGCUUGAAUAUGCAGCUACUUUACAAAUUAAAUAUUAAUUAUUAAACACUUUCAAAAAAUUAUAUAGAGCUACAAUCAUGGCCAAGAGGCCACACUAGACCAGUAGUUGUGGGCCAUUGACUUGAGUGGGUGUUGGUGCCUAUAGUUGGCACAAGAUACCAUAGUAGUUAAAUAGGUUGAUCAGUUCAGUGGCGCUUAUCACGAUUAAGGAAGGGGAUUGGAAACGACUAGGCCGCCCUGUGUCAACGGGUGAAACUAUGAUUUCGCGCUCGCGAAUAUUUUCCGUACUCAGGUUGUAGUAUUAUGUAAUAGAUAGCUCAUGUGAUGUAUGAUGUCACUAUUGAUUUGCCCAUGUGUGGAACUAAAAUACUAAGAGAAAGUAGCUUAUCUUAUCUAGAAGCAUCCACGUUCUAGAGUGUAAAGAACCACGUAUUACAUGGUGGCAGCAGUGAGAUACACUUCCUUUAGAGAAUAAAACGAAUCUCGAGUGCAUCAAGCUACUUUUUUGUGACUAACCACAACAGUUGCGAAGUACACAUUCGUACGAAAGCAGAGACCAGAUGGCCAUGGCCACAUAUCAAGUAACUCCUCCUGAAGCAUUUAGCUUCAACACACCGACCGAAUGGACUAAAUGGAUUCGAAGGUUUGAGCGGUUUCGAAGUGCGUCUGGACUAAGUGACAGGACAGCAAUAACUCAAGUCAACACACUCAUUUAUACAAUGGUACCUGAAGCAGAUGAUAUAUUCCACUCUUUCACGCUAUCAGAAGACGAAAAAGGUGACUAUGAUGUUGUCAAGGGCAAGUUCAACUCACAUUUCGUCAAACGGACAAAUGUUAUAUAUGAGAGAGCCAUGUUCAAUCGAAGGAUCCAAGAGGAGGGCGAAGCAGUCGAUGUCUUUAUAACAGCACUCUAUGCUCAAGCGGAGAAGUGCGCAUACGGAGCCUUGAAGGAGGAGAUGAUCAGAGACAAGAUUGUUGUAGGCAUACGUGACACAGGACUGUCACUAAAGCUCCAACUGGACCCUGACCUGACAUUACAAAAGGCAGUUACACAGACAAGAGAAGCAGAGUCAGUGAAGAGCCAGCAGUCAGCGAUUCGGAACAAGGAGAAGAAUGUACAGGCAGUUCACAAAGGCAGAGGACCUCCGAAGAAACAAUUUCAGAAACAAUCGGGGUCAAAACGCCCCGACCAAAAACUUAGCUGUUACAGAUGUGGGAAAUCGCCCCUCCAUGACAGACAGCAAUGUCCUGCCAAAGAAGCCGAGUGUCGAUCUUGUGGAAAAAGAGGCCAUUAUCAAGCAGUAUGUAGAACAAAGAACAUUGGAAAAGUUCAUCACGAAGAGUAUGAUAGUGAUGAAGAUAGUGACGAAGAAGUGUUCCUAGGAGCAGUACACUCAAAAGGAGACAACCAGUGGACAAUUUCGAUAGAACUGAACGGAAAACCCACUGAAUUCCAAAUCGACACUGGAGCCGAAGCAAGCCUCAUCCCAGAAGAAGUGUACAAAAAGAUAGGGAGCCCCACACUCUCAAAGGUGCAUCAAAUAUUCCGAGGCCCAAACAAUGCGGUCAUCCCAGUGAUGGGUCACUUCAUGGGAAAACUCAAACACAAGAGAAACAAAUUCGAACAGGAGAUGUACGUGGUAAAACGCCUACACAAGCCACUCCUAGGACAGCCAGCGAUACAAGCACUAGGGCUAGUCAAACGAAUCGAAGAAGUGCAAGUGGAAAAACAGAGCCAAAUAGAGCAACAUCCAAGUCUCUUCACAGGUUUAGGCAAAUUGCAAGGUGAAUAUACGAUCAAAUUGCAAGACGGAGCCAAACCUUACGCUCUCACGACACCAAGGAGAGUACCAAUUCCCCUCAAGAAAAGAGUGAAGGCCGAGCUCGACAGGAUGGUGUCACAAGGAGUCAUCCAGAAGAUCCAGGAACCAACGGAUUGGUGUGCUGGCAUGGUGGUGGCUCCCAAAUCAAACGGAAAGGUACGUAUCUGUGUGGACUUAACACGAUUGAACAAUAGUGUGUGUAGAGAGAGACACCCGUUACCGUCCGUAGACCAGGUACUUGGCCAGCUGGCAGGUGCAAAAGUUUUUUCCAAACUAGAUGCCAAUUCUGGAUUUUGGCAAAUACCCCUGUCACCCGAGUCUAUUCCGCUCACUACUUUCAUAACCCCCUUUGGCAGAUUCUGUUUUCACAGGUUACCGUUUGGGAUAACGUCAGCCCCGGAGCAUUUCCAACGACGGAUGUCCGAGCUCGUAGGAGAUAAAGAUGGAGUAGUCUGCUUGAUUGAUGAUAUCUUGAUCCAUGGACAGACACAGGAAGAGCACGACAAGCGAUUAUCAGAGGUACUCCGCAAACUGCAAGAAGCAGGCCUCACCCUAAAUAAGGAGAAAUGUGAAUUUUCAAAGACCCGGGUGUCCUUCCUAGGUCACAUCGUGGACGAGUCAGGAGUUCGAGCCGACCCAGACAAGAUUCAAGCAAUCCAAAACAUAUCAGCCCCUACAAGUGUCAGCGAAGUCCGCAGGUUUUUGGGCACGGUCAACCAAAUGAGCAAGUUUGCCCCCAAUUUGGCAGAGGAGACGAAACCGCUAAGAGACCUCCUCAUUAAAGGAAACCAUUGGACGUGGGAAGCACCUCAGCAGAAAGCCUUCACGACAAUAAAGCAGAGGUUGACAACCAGCCCGGUCCUGGCAUUUUUUGACCCAACAUUGAAGACAGUGGUGUCUGCAGACGCGUCUUCGUACGGCCUAGGCGCAACACUCUUGCAACAACAAUUGACAAGAGAGCUGAAACCAGUUGGAUAUGUGUCCCGGUCGAUGACGCCCACAGAACAGAGGUACGCACAAAUCGAAAAGGAAGCCUUAGCGCUUACCUGGGCCUGUGAACGAUUUUCUGACUACCUAUUAGGACUUGAUUUCCUAAUCCAAACCGAUCACAAGCCCCUCGUGCCACUUUUCAGUGUCAAAGCACUAGAAGAACUCCCGAUCCGAGUGCAGCGGUUUCGAAUGAGGAUGUUGCGGUAUCGAUUCAACAUAGAACAUAUACCAGGGAAAGAUCUGGUAGUUGCAGAUAUGUUAUCAAGAGCGCCGACAGGCCUCCCAACGACGGAAGACCAACAGUUGGACCAAGAAGGAGAUGCUUACAUACAGGCAGUAAUGCGAAGCCUCCCAGCCUCAGACAAGGUGCUUGAAGAAGUCAAACAAAAGCAGGAGCUAGAUGAAACAUGCAGCCAGAUCAAAACAUAUUGCAAAGAAGGAUGGCCGGAACGGACAGCACUAACGGGAGCAAUUCGUCCUUACUACUCUGUGUUAUCCGAAAUCUCUGUUCAGAAUGGACUACUCAUGCGAGGAAAUCGUAUAAUCAUUCCAUCAGAGAUGCGAUUCCAGAUGCUCGAUAAGAUACACCAAGGUCAUCAAGGGAUCGAAAAGUGCCGACGAAAAGCACGGGUAUCAGUAUGGUGGCCAGGCCUAGCCGAACAGUUAGAAGAACUGGUGAAGAAUUGCCCCGAAUGCUACAAGCUCCAAAAUCUAAGACACCAACCCCUGAUUCCUACGGAAUUCCCUGACCUACCGUGGCAGAAAGUUGGAACGGACAUGUUCGAAUGGAAAAAGGAGAAUUAUCUAAUGAUUAUUGACUAUUACUCCCGUUACAUGGAAGUUGAGAAGUUGAAACAGACCACGACAGACGAAGUGGUCCUCCAAACAAAGAGUAUCUUUGCGAGACAUGGAAUCCCAGAGAUAGUAGUUUCAGAUAACGGACCUCAAUACAGCUCAAAGAAGUACGAGGAAUUUGCUGACAAUUACCACUUCCAACAUAUAACAGCAAGCCCCUAUCACCCACAGAGCAAUGGCGAAGCGGAGCGAGCCAUAGGUACACUCAAGAGCCUAUUGAAGAGGGAGAAGGAUCCCUAUAGUGCUUUAUUAGCAUAUCGGACAACGCCACUCUCCAAUGGAUACAGUCCAGCACAGUUGCUAAUGAACAGAAGACUCAGGACGAAAGUUCCAGUUACUAGAGAAAUGCGAGAGCCGAAAAUACCAACUGCCUCACUGAGAACGAAAGAACAAACACUCCGUGCAAAACAAAAGGAUACUUUUGACAAACACUAUGGAGUGAGAGAUGUACCUCCAUUGGACCCAGGAACCCUAGUAUGGAUGCCAGAUAGGGAGUCCGAGGGAAUAGUGACAGAGGAAGUUGCACCCCGAUCGUACACUGUGGAGACCCAAGAGGGUACUUAUCGCAGGAACAGAAGAAACCUUAUUGAAACUCCUAGAGACAGGGGAGACGAUAGUGGAGACGACAGCGAACCAGAACAACCGACUAGAACCGUUCGAAGGAGUCAUAGAGAACGAAGAGAAGUUGACCGAUUCGACCCUUCACGGAAUUGAACUAAUCGAGAACUAAGAACAAUGAACCCUAAGAAGGGGAGAUGUAGUAUUAUGUAAUAGAUAGCUCAUGUGAUGUAUGAUGUCACUAUUGAUUUGCCCAUGUGUGGAACUAAAAUACUAAGAGAAAGUAGCUUAUCUUAUCUAGAAGCAUCCACGUUCUAGAGUGUAAAGAAUCACGU